AUGGCCUUUGUUGACAUUUAUGGACUAGGAAAGGCAAGGGUUUGUAUACUACAGAGCUUAAGUGUCCCCAAUAACACAGGGAGUAAUACCACGGAUAUUAGGGGCAGUCUUCCGCUGGAAGAUGACAUUCCUUGCCAGGUACUUAACCUUGCCGUUGCCUACAGCGGGGAAGUGAAUCACCCUGCCAGCGCUGAAGUGAUCUAUCAGUUCCCUAUUCCUCUGGGUAACAGGCCAAUGGAUAUCUUGAACUCUAGCAACCACACAGCGGGCUUUCUGGCACCUGUUCAUUGGAAUACAACAUUUGAUAACGUAACACUCAUGAACGACACGAGCGAGUACCCUGAGUACGUUCCAAAAGGAUUCCACACAUUUGUGACGGUUCUGUACACCGUUGUCUUUCUCCUGGGUUUCUUUGGCAACAGUGUCGUUCUGGUGAUCGUCUGCUGUAACAAACCAAUGAGGGACACUACCAACAUCUUAAUAGCCAACCUCGCCGUGGCCGACCUGUGCUUCAUCGUCGUAUGUGUUCCAUUCACGGGGGCCGCUUACAACAUGGACCAGUGGCCGUUUGGAGAUUUCUGGUGCCGGUUCACGUCCUUCGUCAACCACGUCUCUGCCUGGGCAAGCAUCUAUACCUUGGUCCUGAUGGCGGUAGACCGGUACAUCGCCAUUGUCCAUCCCCUGAGGUCACUGACCUUGCGGACCACGAGGCGCGUGCUCACUGUCAUCGGGUUCACGUGGGUCACGUGCAUUUUGGCGAACGUGCCGACGUACCAGCAGUAUCACCUGUACUCAUUUCUGCACCUGGGGAAGAUUCACCAGCGCUGUGUGGACCUUAACAUACUUGUCGAUAGGGAACGCGCGCAAGUGUUCUAUCUGUGCUUCUUUAUCUUCGCCUACGUGCUGCCUUUAACAGUGAUAUGCAUCCUCUACAGCCUUGUGGUACGUCAGUCCGUCUUAACGAAGCGGCUACGAUCAGAACCAAAAGCUACGCCAACAACAAGUGCCAACAGCGUUCUAACUCGGACCGCGGGAAAACGUCGCCUCACCAUGCUCGUCGUCAUAGUAACCCUCAUGUUUGCCCUGUGCUGGCUUCCAGCUCAAAUUAUCUUCAUCUUUAAAGCGGUCGGGACUAUACCGUCCAGUGGCACCUCAUACCAGGCUCUCCUCUUGGGGCAGAUACUCUCCACCUGUUUGGCCUUCCUUAACAGUUGUGUUAAUCCUAUAGUGUAUGCCUUCGUGUACGUUAAGUUCAGGGAGGCGCUGUUUAAGAUACUGUGUUUCUGCAGGAAGGGAAAGAAGACGCGCUCAGCAGUUAUGAUGGAGGAAAAUACGGCACGCACGGAACUCAGCACUAACUGUCGGUACUCCGAGAUAAAAAGUGCCGACAAUAACCUCCUCUGCGACUAA